GGAAUCUGAUGCCAUUUGGGUUCAGAUUCUAAAACAUAAAAAUUUCCAAGAUCACAACCCUCUUCAUUAUGUGAAUGAUAAAUCUGGAUCAUGGGUUUGGAGAGGUAUAUGUAGAGGCUUAGAGGUCAUCAGGGAGAAUUACUGCUGGGAGGUUGGGAAUGGUAAGGAUAUCUCAAUCUGGAAGGAUAAGUGGGUUCCAGGUAAGAAUGGUCUGGUUAAUUCUCACUUUAUGUCAGCCAAUAUUAGUUCAGUUGAUCAACUAAUUGACCAAUCUACUAAUGAUUGGAAUGUCUCUAUGUCGAAUGCUUUGUUUGAUAAUGAAACUGUAACGAAUAUAUGCAAGAUAAAGAUUCCACUAGAGGCUAAGGAUGAACUUAGAUGGACUCUUGCAUACGAUGGUGAGUUUUCUGUUAAAACUGCUUAUAGGGCAAUCACUGAUAGAGUAUUUGGUCCAAUUUAGGAUACCUUUAAUUUUCUGGAAGCUUAAUCUGCCACCAAAAAUUAAGCAUUUCCUAUGUAAAUGUAUUAACGAUUGUCUUGCUGUUAAUGGGAAUAUAGGAAGGUAUGUCCAACAUGUUGAUAAAAAAUGCCCUCUUUGCAAUACUCAUAUUGAAACAGUAGAUCAUCUCCUUUUGGAUUGCCAUGUAAUUAAGGAUAUGUAUACUGGUGUGAAUAGUGUCUUUACAGGGAUGUAUAAUGGUAACAAUCUAAAAAAUUGGGUAGCAACCUGGUAUGCAAAUGUAACAACUACUAGACAGACUAACCAUGACUUUAUAAUUAGUGCUGGUUUUAUGCUAUGGCAUUCUUGGAAGUCAAGAUGUGCAAAAGUUUUUGAUCAUGCUUGGAAGUCAAGAUGUGCAAAAGUGUUUGAUAAUGUGCAAGUGCAGGUAAACUUGUACAAAAGACGGGUGCAAGGAGACAUUACAAACUGGAACAAUGCUCACAGGCAGCAAAACAAUACUAGUUCUGGGACAUGUAUUUGAGCAGCAUCCAUUCAAACAGUAGCUUAUGAUGAAGAGCAAACAGAAGUUGUAGCAGCUUAUGAAGCAAUAAAGAUGGUCCAAGAGAAAGGAGUGCCAAAGCUGCAUCUUGAAGGCGAUAAUCUAAAUGUAAUAAAUGUAAUAAAUGCCAUAAAUGGCAAAGUAAGUUCUGUUAUAUGGACAAACAACACUAUUAUUAACGAUUGCAAAUUUUUAUUAAAAUCUUUUACUUCAUGGGUCUGUAUUCAUGUUACCAGAGAUUCCAAUGGGGUAGCUGAUCAUCUAGCAAAA